AUGGAUGAAAAUGGAUACGUUGAAACUGAUCCAACCGGGCGUUAUGGACGAUUGAAUGAAGUUCUGGGAAAGGGGGCAAUGAAAACAGUGUACAGGGCAAUAGAUGAGGUGCUUGGUAUGGAAGUAGCAUGGAAUCAAGUCCACCUCAAUCACUUGCUUCAGUCACCGGAGGAUCUGCAACGACUAUACUCUGAAGUUCAUCUUCUCAGCACCCUAAAUCACGAGUCGAUCAUCAAAUUCUACACUUCUUGGAUCGAUGUUGAAGGAAGAACCUUUAAUUUCAUCACUGAAAUGUUCACGUCCGGCACCCUCAGAGAAUACAGAGCAAAGUAUAAGCAAGUAGACAUUCAAGCCAUAAAGAUAUGGGCGCGACAAAUUCUUGAAGGCCUUGUUUAUUUGCAUGGUCAUGAUCCUCCGGUGAUCCAUAGAGACCUUAAGUGUGAUAACAUAUUCGUCAAUGGACAUCUUGGACAAGUGAAAAUUGGUGAUCUGGGCUUGGCAGCAAUUUUGCGUGGGUCACAUAGAGCACACAGUGUUAUAGGCACACCAGAGUUUAUGGCUCCAGAAUUAUAUGAAGAAAACUACAAUGAACUGGUUGAUGUAUAUUCGUAUGGGAUGUGUGUUUUAGAGAUGGUAACUUAUGAAUAUCCAUACAGUGAAUGUACCAACCCUGCUCAAAUUUACAAGAAAGUGACAUCAGGAAAAAAGCCAAGAGCAUUCUACAAAGUUCAAGACUUGGAAGCCCAACGAUUUAUUGGGAGAUGCUUGGAAUCUGCAUCUAAGAGAUUGCCAGCAAAGGAACUAAUGCUUGAUCCAUUUCUUGCACUUGGUGACUUUGAUGAUAAGCCAGAGUUGAAAAAUGAUAUUCAAAAGCCUUUUCUGAAUGAAAAUAUUAAAAUCGAGGAUCUGCAGUUGAACGAGGAUUUACCAAGGACUAACAUGACUAUUACAGGGAAGCUGAACCCUGAGGAUGAGACCAUCUUUCUUAAAGUACAAAUUGCUGAUAGAGACGGUGAUGUUAGGAACGUGUUUUUUCCCUUUGACAUUGUUUCUGACACCCCCAUUGAUGUUGCGAAUGAAAUGGUGAAGGAGUUAGAGAUUGCUGACUGGAAACCAUCAGAAAUUGCAGAUAUGAUUGAUGCAGAGAUUACUGGUCUUGUACCGAAUUGGAAGUCGGACAAUCCUCAGUCGGCUCACGUCCAUAUGGUGAACUAUCAAGAGGAUCAUUAUGAUCACAGUAAUCCUUUCUCACCUUCCUCAUCGUCCCAGUUGUCACUUUUGGGUUCAAUUGCGUCUCAGAAAAUGGACACAAAAUCUCAAAAUAGUCAUUCGAUUCAAGAUGACUCGUUUGAUGAUACUAGUUCACAGAGCUCUUCACACUCCGGAAAGUAUUCCAACUGGACUUACAAUUCUGCUGAUGAGCAUGAUCCUGUGAUAAGCCCAAGAAGACACAACCUGUAUGUCCUCGGAAAUACUCCAACUUCUUCUCGAUUCCAUCCCGGAGAAAAUUCAGGCACAGGGCAUUAUGUUGCUAAGAUUUGCUACAAGCAGUGCAAUGAUGUGUUAGAAUCAAAACGAGCUUCCACUUCUAAAAACAAGAUGGAAAUGCCUAGAUUGACAAGGAACCGGUCACUAGUGGAUACGCGCAGCCAGUUGCUUCACCAGUCAUUAGUAGAGGAGGUCAAUAGGAGACGGUUAUUCAAGACUGUCGAUGCUGUGGAAAGUAUCGGGUUUCGAGCACCUUACGAGGUUUCUAGUAAAUCCGCACAGAAACAUUGUUCUGUGAGAUGUUCGAGUGACUGCAAGAAACUAGGCCACAAAGGGAGAAGAUUUUAA